AUAGCAUGCACGCUUGCGACCUCUAACGUCCACCGGAAGUUAGGCAGUGGCGGAAAACUGAUAAAAGGUCUUCAAGGCGCAAACAGCGAAAAUUACGGAUGCAUCUAAACGGCGGGACAAAAUAGUAAUAAAAAAAUAAACAUGUUUUAUCACAUCUCCCUGGAACAUGAGAUCCUACUGCACCCUCGAUACUUUGGCCCCAAUCUGCUGAACACGGUGAAGCAGAAGCUGUUUACUGAGGUGGAAGGAACUUGUACGGGAAAGUAUGGCUUCGUCAUUGCCGUGACGACCAUCGACAACAUCGGGGCCGGAGUCAUCCAGCCAGGAAGGGGCUUUGUUCUGUAUCCGGUCAAGUACAAGGCUAUUGUGUUCCGGCCCUUUAAGGGUGAAGUGGUGGACGCAGUGGUAACUCAGGUCAACAAGGUUGGGCUGUUCACUGAAAUCGGCCCCAUGUCCUGUUUCAUCUCCCGCCAUUCUAUCCCUUCAGAGAUGGAGUUUGACCCCAAUUCCAACCCCCCUUGUUAUAAAACUGUGGAUGAGGACAUUGUCAUCCAGCAGGAUGAUGAAAUUCGUUUGAAGAUUGUGGGAACCAGAGUGGACAAGAAUGAUAUUUUCGCCAUUGGCUCUCUCAUGGAUGAUUACCUAGGACUGGUCAGCUGAUUUUCCUCAUGAAGUGACUUGGAGAUUCAUAUAUUUUUUUAAAUGUGUUUUUUAAGGCUGGGUGCUCAGAAUUAGUGCAUGGAUUCUUUUGGAAAGGUUUGUAUGGUUUUUUUCCACCACAGUAGCUCUGAAGAUCUUAGUUUUGUCUUGUCGUUUUUUGUUUUUGUAAGAAUGCACUCAAUCUGAGACAUUUAACAUUUGCUCCACAAUGGGACGAGAGGAACCGAUUUCAUUUGAGCCAAUAGUGAAACACUUGGUUAACUUGUGAUAAUUUCAUGAUACUUCAGGUAUUAGAAAUAUAACAGGUGCUUUGUUUGGAUGGCAAGAACUUCGCAAAGAUGAAGAGUGGAGAGUAAAUAUUUAAACUCCUGUCCUCUGUGUGAACACCAACUACAAAUGGAUUCUUUUUGGAAAAUAAAACGUUAAUGUAAUUUGUUUUAAAUGUAAUGGCACAACAGGAAAACAUUUGCAUAUUUGGGUAGCUAUUACUGGGAAAUUGAAAAAGAACGGACAAAUCGCGAUUAUAUAUGUUAAGUCAUUUAUUUUGGCUUGUUAGUAAAGCUGUUAAGGCAGUUUGUUUGUACAUAUAUAUGAAACUGAAUGUUUGGAGAUUUGAAUGCUAUUUACUAAGCAAACAUUCCUGGACUGGUAAGGUAGCACCACAGUAUCGGUAUUGGCCAUUGUCCAUUGAGGGACACGCCAUAUGAGUACUGCUGAUUCAGCCGUGACUGCUCCUCCUGGAGGCCCCUUUCUGAAUUGCACGCCUGUGAUAUUUAAAACUGUUCUCCAAAACUGGAUCUAAGUGAUAAAUGUUACUGGGAGAGCAAGAGCAAUUCCCUGUGCUGUUGACAGUCUAAAAAAGAUAAUAAAACCUGUAUUCAGA